AUGGACCCACGUGUACAUCGCGCGACUCCCACAGAGGGCGCAUCUCCCCAACCGCCUCCAUCGAACACACAUCAGACGACAUAUCCCGCAGAUAUAGACGGCACCGAUCCCUCCCGGUCAAACUCCGACCAACUUACCUCUCCGGCAGAUCUAGAAAGCACGAUGCAGCCUAUUCCCAAGCCAAAACCAAAUGAAAAGGACUUUGGGAUCAAAGCAUUUUCUUCUCCGGAUGAUCCAAUAGUCGACAUUGUUGCUAUUCACGGCUUGGAUGGACACCGAGAGGAGACAUGGAUGGCUCAAAAUGGUACCCUAUGGCUACGCGACUUUUUACCUUCCGACUUGCCCAAGGCCCGCAUCCUCAGCUACGGUUAUGAUGCCAAUACUGGCUGUCAGGAAAGCAUAUCGACCGAAAUAAUGCGCCGGGAUGCUCAGAAGUUUGCGAGUACACUUGUAAGGAAACGCAGGGACGCUCCUCGACGACCAAUCAUCUUUAUCGCGCAUGAUCUGGGUGGAAUUAUCCUUAAAUGGGCCCUGGUUAUCUGCGACAAUCAGAGGCCAAGGCCAGGACCAAUACAGAGAGAUGACCUUCAGAGUGUCCUAGUAUCCACUCAGGCAAUUCUGUUCUUUGGAACACCGCAUUUUGGGGUAAAGGACGAGAUAAUUGACGCCAUUCAGCAUAUGGCAUCAGUGUACACGCAUAAAACAGACAAAAUCCUUGACCAACUUCGGGAAGAUUCGUCCGAGCUCGAGAACGUACAGGAGCUGUAUGCUGGGAUAAGUAAAAACAUCCAUAGGGUGUGCUUCUAUUCCGGGUGUUCGCAAGGCAAAAAAGGAGACAUGUCCGUUUCGUAUAGAUCGGCUGUGAUAGCCGGCGACCCGGAUGCGAGAAAAGAGUCCCUCCAUGCCAGCCACAAGGAGAUGGUGAAGUUAAGCAAAGAUGACGAGGGUUAUGAUACGGUUUGUGACUAUAUCAAAGAAUUUGCCAGGAGUGCCGUCCAAGAGGUGGGAGCAAAAUGGGUGACCGAGGAUAGGAUUCGCAGUGCUGCAAAUGGACGUUGA